AUGCCCCCAAGGUCCUCUGCAGCUUUGUUGUGGUAUAGAGGCCUGAACUGCAAUCCAACUGCACGCCCAUAUCUUCCAUCACGCAUCUUGUCUGUGACUCGUCCCGUCUGCUCUACCGCCCCGGCUUUUCCAUCCGAGCACCAUUGGGCCCGCCCGUUCUCUCGCUCCUCCUCCCUCCUCACCUUUUCCGCCAAGUCUCCAGCCAUGACUCAGAUCGAACGCAUAACAGAGCACCUGGAGAAGCCUGAGCUGGAUGACCGGUCGUAUCGAGUCAUUCGCCUGCCGAAUCAGCUCGAGGCCCUUCUUGUGCAUGACCCGGAUACCGACAAGGCUAGCGCUGCUGUCAACGUCAAUGUGGGCAACUUCUCUGACCAAGAUGACAUGCCAGGGAUGGCUCAUGCAGUCGAGCACCUGCUGUUCAUGGGCACCAAAAAAUACCCCAAAGAGAACGCCUACAACCAGUAUCUAGCCGCCCACUCCGGCUCAUCGAAUGCGUACACUGCUGCCACUGAAACGAAUUACUUUUUUGAAGUAUCGGCCACCGGCGACUCGAGCGCCCCGAAAUCUACCGGACAGAACACCCCUACCGAAUCUACAAAUGGAGCCAAUGCCGUUUCCAAUGACUCUUCAUCUACCAGCACCGGGGAUUCCGACGACAAGUCACCCUUGUAUGGAGCUCUUGAUCGAUUUGCCCAGUUUUUCGUCUCUCCGCUCUUUCUGGAGUCGACAUUAGACCGUGAGCUGCGGGCCGUGGACUCGGAAAACAAGAAGAAUCUCCAGAGCGACUUGUGGCGGUUGAUGCAGUUGAACAAAUCGCUUUCCAACCCGGAACAUCCAUACCACCACUUUUCGACCGGUAACUUGCAGACCCUGAAGGAGGACCCGCAGAAACGCGGCCUUGAGGUUCGUAGCGAGUUCAUUCGGUUCUACGAGAAACACUACUCGGCCAACCGGGCCAAGCUAGUAGUUCUGGGACGUGAGACUUUGGAUGUGCUCGAACAAUGGGUCUCGGAAUUGUUUGCGGAUGUCGAGAACAAGAACUUGGCUCAAAACCGCUGGGAUGACGUCCAGCCCUUCUCCGAGGAAGACAUGUGCACACAGGUAUUUGCGAAGCCGGUCAUGGACUCGCGCUCCAUGGACAUGUACUUCCCCUUCUUGGACGAGGAAAACCUGAAUGAUACUCAGCCCAGCCGGUAUAUCAGCCAUCUGAUCGGUCAUGAAGGCCCGGGUAGUGUUCUGUCCGAUCUGAAGGCGAAGGGCUGGGCCAAUGGUCUCUCCGCAGGCGCUAUGCCCAUCUGCCCUGGCUCCGCCUUUUUCACCAUCUCGGUGCGCCUCACACCCGAGGGUCUGAAGCAGUACCGAGAAGUCGCCAAGGUGAUCUUCGAGUACAUUGCUAUGAUCAAGGAGCGUGAGCCAGAGCAGUGGAUCUUUGACGAGAUGAAGAAUCUGGCCGAGGUGGAUUUCCGAUUCAAGCAGAAGACCCCGGCCAGCCGAUUUACCAGCCGCCUCAGCAGUGUGAUGCAAAAGCCGAUGCCGCGUGAGUGGCUGCUCAGCGGAUCGCUGCUGCGACGAUUCGACCCCGAAGUAAUCAAGAGGGCCAUGUCCUACCUGCGUGCGGAUAACUUCCGUCUCAUCAUCGUGUCCCAGGAGUAUCCCGGCCAAUGGGAUCAGAAGGAGAAGUGGUACGGUACUGAGUACAAGGUCGAGAAGAUCCCACAAGACUUCUUGAGUGGCAUCCAGACGGCCCUGCAGUCUACUGCGGCCACUCGUACCUCUAACGUGCACAUGCCUCACAAAAACGAGUUCGUUCCUACACGGUUGUCCGUGGAAAAGAAGGAAGUUGCGGAGCCCGCGAAGACCCCGAAAUUGAUCCGUCAUGAUGACCGUGUUCGUCUAUGGUUCAAGAAGGAUGACCGUUUCUGGGUGCCAAAGGGAACUGUCCAUGUGACCCUGCGUAAUCCUUUGGUGUGGGCUACACCCGCCAACCUUAUCAAGACGAAACUCUACUGCGAACUAGUGCGAGACUCUUUGGAUGAGUACUCGUACGAUGCCGAGCUGGCCGGGCUGGACUACCAUCUUGCGGCGAAUAUACUGGGUCUGGAUAUCUCCGUUGGCGGCUAUAACGACAAGAUGUCCGUGCUGUUGGAGAAAGUGUUGAACACCAUGCGUGGUCUCGUGGUCAGUCAGGACCGGUUCAAUAUCAUCAAAGAGCGCUUGACCCGGGCGUUCCGCAACGCCGAGUACCAGCAGCCCUUCUAUCAAGUCGGCGACUACACUCGGUACCUUCUGUCUGAGCGCAGCUGGGUCAACGAGCAGUAUAUUGAAGAGCUAGAGCACAUCCAAGCCGGCGAUGUGAUCAACUUCUUUCCUCAGCUGCUGGAGCACACUCAUAUCGAAGUCCUGGCUCACGGCAACCUGUAUAAAGAAGAUGCUCUACGCAUGACAGACUUGAUCGAGAAAAUUCUCCAGGGCCGUGCCCUGCCCCCAUCGCAGUGGUAUCUGCGCCGCAACAUGGUCCUGCCCUCGGGCAGCAACUAUGUCUACCCGCGGACCCUGAAGGAUCCGGCCAAUGUCAACCACUGUAUCGAGUACUAUCUGUACAUUGGCUUCUUUUCUGAUGAUGCUCUGCGCUCCAAGCUGCAGCUGUUCUCCCAGCUGACAGAUGAGCCUGCCUUCGAUCAGCUGCGUAGCAAGGAGCAGCUCGGAUAUGUUGUGUGGAGUGGUUCGCGGUACAACGCAACCACCAUGGGCUACCGCGUCAUCAUCCAGAGUGAGCGCACCGCUCAGUACUUGGAGUCCCGCAUUGAGUCCUUCCUGCUUGAAUUUGGCGCGACCCUAGAGAACAUGCCCGAGGAGGAGUUUGAGGGUCACAAGCGGAGUGUCAUCAAUAAGCGCCUGGAGAAGCUCAAGAACCUGGGCUCGGAGACUAGCCGCUAUUGGUCCCAUGUUGGGUCGGAGUACUUUGACUUCUUGCAGCAUGAGACCGACGCUGCUAACGUGCGCCUGCUGAGCAAGGCGGACGUGAUUGCCUUCUACAAGCAGUACAUUGAUCCGUCCUCGUCGACCCGGGCCAAGCUAUCUGUCCACCUGAACGCGCAGGCGGGGGCACACGUUGCUGAUGCCAGUCCCUCCGACAAGCGCUCGCGCCUGAUUGAAGUGGUCGAUAAGCAGCUCCAGGCUGCUGGAUUUGCUGCGGACGUUGCCACUCUUACGGCGGCUUUUGAACAGAUGGACAUGGCGGUUGUUGACCGCUCGCAGGUUCUCUAUAUUGUCAAGACAUUCCUGGCGACUGAGAUUUCCCUGUCGCCGGAGCAGAUCGCCGCGAUGGCUGAGAAGCUCGAGCAAAACCUCGGUAUUCAACUGAAACAGCUGGGCUUGGAGCCGGAAACCGACGAGAAGAUCAACGGCGUCUCGGCCACCGGUCCCAAGGAAGCCAUCACUAUCACCGACGUGACCACCUUCAAGGCCAGUCUGCCCGUCAGCACUGGCCCUGUGCCCGUGGCCGACCUCACUGAAUUCGAGGAUUUUGAUGCGAAGCUGUAG